AUGAAUAAUAAAAAUUUCCCAAGGAGGAUAAAUGAAUAUCAAGAAAGCGAAAAAUUGAUUAAUAAUAUUGAAAAGUUAAAUGAAAGUAUAAAUGGGUUAAAAGAAGCUUUCGAUAGUAAAAAUAAUGAGGACAAGGUAAUUGAAGGAAUUAAAAAUUUAGGAAACCGGUUAGAAUUUAAAAUAACUUCGUUAGGACAAGAAACCGAAGCUUGCAAAACUUUAAAAACCCAAUUGAAAGAAACUCAACUUCAAUUAGAAACAACUCGUAAUCAUUUAAUCAAAGAAGCAGAUAAUCAUCGAGAAACAAAAGAGCGAUUAGCUACUACGCAGUGUAAUUUAGAAGAAACAAAUUUUCAAUUAGAAACAAUUUUUAAUUAUUUAACCAAAGAAGCAGAUAAUCAUCGUGAAACCAAAGAACAAUUAGAAAUCAUUCGUAAUAAUUUAACUGAAGAAGCAGGUAAACAUCGUGAAACAGUAAAGCAAUUAGAGAUUGUGUUGGCUGAAUUAGAACUUGCCAAUAAAGAUCGGGAAGAGACUAAACGUCAAUUAGAAACCAUUCGUAAAAAUUUUAUCGAAGAGGUAGGAAGGCAUCGUGAAACCAAAGAGCAAUUAGCAUCUACGAAGAGUAAUUUAGAUAAUGAACAUAAAGAUCGGGAGGAAACUAAACGCCAAUUAGAAACCAUUCGUAAUAAUUUAUCUGAAGAAGUAGUUCAUCAUAUUGAAAUCGGAGAGCAAUUUGAACAUUUGAAUGAAAUAGAUCUUGCUAAUAAAGAUCAUGAAGAAACUAAACGUCAUUUAACUGAAGAAACAGGUAGACAUCUUGAAACUAAAAAGCAAUUAACUAUUUUGCAGGCUAAAUUAGAUCGUGUUAAUAUCGUACAAGAAGUAUUGAAUCUAUUAAAGAAUGGGAAAAGUAAAUACGGAUCCUCGGCUACUAAAGUAAUAGACGAGACGAUUAAAGUAUGGGAUGACUCAGAAAUUUCUAUUUCUGAAAAAAUUAUUAGAGCAGAAUCUUUUAAGAUAGUCUUUAUUUAG